UGACACCAACAAGGACGGGAGUACCGUACGUAUUAGUCCGUCCUUCGGUGUGCGUUCUUGUUCUUCUUGUACGGAGUACUUACAUACCCGGUAGAAUGGAAGUUCGUUGGGAACAGGGUUCAGGGCAAAACAGCAGCAGAUUCUGGUCGAAGAUAAGAUCACCUAGCGCUGUGCUAUUCUCCAGCUGGAAAGGAAGGAUCCGAACCAAUGCUAUCGGCUAUCUAGAUCUACUGUAUCUAGGUACCUGUCUACCUGUCUACCUGUCUACCUGUCUACCUACCUAUCUACCUGGAUCCGCUUGAAACAGGCUCCCAAACUUUCCAGGCUGGCCUCGGCCGAGCAGAUAUCAUUGUUGAUGCCGUAGGCCAGAUGCUCGACUGGUACUUAGAUAGGUAGGUCCCCCUCCCUUCCCCGAAAAGAAAAAAGAAAAUCAAGAGGAAAGAACAAUGGCAAUUAUAAAGUCAUUCGCAUACUAAUACCCUUUUUUCUGACUCUGUUUCGACGAUGGGGGCGUGGUUCGACUGCCCAAAUAUGGCCCUGUCCUCGUGAUAGUGCAUCUCUUGUAGGCGG